UUACGAGGCUUAGGUUUCGCCCCGCUGCCAGCCAGCAUCCCACAUGCACCAAGAGGGUGCCUUGUGAAGCAGACAGCUAUGGAAAGCGUCAAAAAGGUAGAAUUGAUUGAAACAGUAUAAUCAUGUCCGUCCAAGGGCAGAAUGCGAGUUAUAAUUGCAAGAGCACAAGAAUUCAGCAUUACGUGGCUAGCUUCGCCUACGUUUAACCUCUGGUGCUGUUUUGCGGGGCGACUACAUCAAAGGGCCCCAACGUCGCGACUUUGGACGCGUAUUUGCACACCACCAACACGGCACUCAAAUUAGCAGAUUGAGCCAGCGAAACCGAUUUUUCUUUUAGUUUGCAUGUAUGCUAGUUUGUUCGAAGACCUUAAACGAAGCAACCCGCUAUACGAUACACUUUGCGAUACCGACCACAACAGACCACCCGCAUCGCGACCUGUCUGAACUGGCCAACGCGUUGAUAUAUGCUGCGAUUCUGAGACCAAAGCGGCGAAGAUUUCAAGAUGUCUGUAGAGCCCUAUGACUCGGCAGCCAAGCGACCUACCCCUCGACCUCGUACUCCGCGACCGACUACACCCCUUCGCGCAGCUUCACAAGCUUCCUUUCGCGAAUCUACACGCGCUUCCAAUGACAUCAACCCAGCAUUCCCUCUCAGCGUAUUUGAAAACGCAUUUGCAGAGCUCUCAGAUGCCAUGACUGAUCUAGAAGCUAACAUGAUGCACUUUCAAAUUAUGCAUGAGAGUUUAGAUCGUUUUAGCGAAUCUUUUGCGAGCUUCCUUUACGGUUUGAAUAUGAAUGCAUUUUGCGUAGAUUUCCCAGAGGGUCCCAUACCAGAGUCCUUUAAGCGAGAACGUGAUGCCCCCCAAGUUCCAUCUACCCCAAAGACAGACCAUGAAGGCGAAACAACCAUUAUGACAACGGAUACAACAUUUAUUGACAAUCCUCCGACUGUAACGAAACCACGGAUACGAAGCGCACUCCCGGAGCCACGUCAGUCCCGCCUCCCAGCAGCCCGAGGGGAUGCAACAGGUCGCAGAGCUACCCGGGCAAGAGGCAGGGCUAGUGGGCUUGCUAGACCAACUGGGCGCGGGGGAAGAUGA